CUUGUAUUUCCCGCUCAUUUGCAAUUUUUAUAGAUAAUAAUUUUGUAUUUGUCAUUUUUUUUUCUGAUAAUUGCAAACUUACCACAGUCCACAAAAACUCUAGACAUUAUUUAAAUUAUGCUACUGGCGUUUAGAGUCUAGUAGCCACUACCUAAUACCUUAAUUGACUAAAUGAUAGUGAAAUUUAUUUGUUUAGAAAAAUACUAAAAUUAAUUAUUAUUUUAAUAACUAAAAAGUAACUAUUGAAAUGCCUGAACUCGUUGGCAAUUAUGGUCAAACGGAAUUCGAACGACUUCCAUUCAACUAUAUGGACUUAUCUUCAUUGUUCCAAAUGAAGGAUGUUAAUUUCACUAAACAGUUUGCACAUAUAUAUGCUUAUAGACUGGAUCAAAUGAGAAAUAUUCUUAUUGGAAAAAUACAGCACAAAUGGGGUAAUUAUACAAUUUUUAAUUAAAAAUUAUAAUUUAACAAUAAAGAAUUCUAUACAUUUUAAAUAUUACUUAGUUAAAAUAUUUUUUUUCUCACAAAACUUUUUUCGGUUAGUAAAAUGCUACUUUUUUUCAUGCUAUAUUUUAUUUUAUUUAUUUAUUUAUUUAUUUAUUAACGGAAAAAACUGCAUAAAUACAUUGUGUAGUAUAAAGACUAACAUUAAAAUCCGGUAGUUAGUACAAAUUAAUAUUAAAAAUCCAAUUUUCAUUAAUAUAACAAAAUAUAAAGUUAAAGUAACAUAUUUUUAUAACACUUAAUAUACAAUCAACUAAAAUUUACUUCAUUAGUAUUUUCUAUGACCAUCAUUAUAUUAGCAGGUAAAAAUCAUAAAUAAUUCUUAAAAAUAUUAUUAAUUAAAAAACAGUAAUUAUUUCUAGACUUAAUAUUUAUUCGAAAAUUUAAUUGUGACAACAAAUAAGGACAACAAUCUUUGGAAUUAUUUAAUAAUUUUGAUAAAAAUGUUUAGUGAAGGUAAUCACUUCUUUUGUUUAAUGAUUCUAAAUUUAAAUAUGAUAAUACACUAUUAUACUCAGUAUGUCUUGGGCGUUCGAAAUUUAAUUUAAAUGAUACAAAACAGAAAAAACGAUUUUGAACUGCUUCAAAAUUUUGACUUGCACAAAUUUUAUCUGAGAACCAAAUAAGAGAGGCAUAUUCUAAUUGUGAUAUUAUAUAAUUGUACCUUAAAUGAGCUGUUAAAUGAUGUUUAUUUUCUCUCUUUGGUACUUUAUUUGAAAACAAUUUCUAUAUUCCCAAUAUUUCUAUACAAUUUUAAAAAAUGUCUGUUUUAUUUUUGUAGAUUACCUUGGUUUUUAUUAUUGCAAUGAUUUCUCAUUAUUUUCCGUAAAUAAAUUAAAUUACUCUAUAUCCAUACUUCUUUAAAAUUUUCUACCUAAUACAGUGGUCUACCUAUAGUGCAAAACACAAUUGGCUUUUUAUGUAUAUUUUUAUCAAAUUUAAAUUUUAGUGUAAAUUUUUAAGUUUUGUUAUUUUAGAUGAUAGUUUCAUUAAAUUAUUAUUUUUUUUUUUUUGGUUUAUAUAAUAGGCACAUUAAAUCUUGUUUGUUUUAUAUUCCUUUAAUUUGUAUUGAUAUUUCUUUAGGUGAAAGCUGUAAUGUUUAUAAACUAUCAGAAUUACAUGAUAAAAUAGGCGAAGAGUGCAUAAUCAUUGGUACAUUAUUUAAACAUCAAGAACUAAAGCCUAGUAUUUUAAAAGAAAUUAGUGAAGAAGUAAUUUUUUUUUUAUUAUCAUUAAUAUCAUUUAUAAUCAUUUAAUUUAAUAAUAAUCUUUUUGACAUUACUCUUAGAACAAUUUGAUACCUCAACCUCCGAGAACUCAUUUCGUUUCAGACACAGAUGAAGUAAUAUUAGAAGAUGAAUUACAAAGAGUACCUUUGGUACUAGAUGAUGGGUUAAAUGAUAAUAGUUUAUCUUUAAAUAAUAUAAUGACUGGAUGUAUUAUUGCUGUAAAAGGUAUUCCUCAAGAUGGUGGAAAUUUUAGUGUUUAUGACUUUUGUUGGCCUACACCAUUAGCUCUUUCUACAAAACUCACUCAUCCUAGUUCUGGAGAUGACAGGUUUCAUUGUUAUUAUUAAUAGUUUGUAGCAUAAAUUCAUACACUACUAAAGUAUAUUAUACAAUUAUUUAUUUAUAUAGGUUUUUAGUAUUAAUUAGUGGUUUAGAAUUAGCUACCAAUGUUGCUACUCAUUUUCAAGUGCAAUUAUUUGUUGAUUGGAUUUACGGUUUACUAGGUGAUGAAGAGGAAAACAACAAAGUUUCUAAAAUUGUUCAAGUUGUAAUAGCUGGUAAUUGUAUUUAAAGAUGUAUACAUUAUUUGUUACACAUUUUUAUAUUUAAUAACAAAAUUUAAAAAAAAUAAAUAGGAAAUAGCAUAAGAAGCAUACCAAUGAAAAAGCCAAAUUAUCGUGACAAGAUAGAUGAUUUUCCUAGAGACAUACAAGCAAUUAAACAAUUAGAUGACAUAUUAUUACAAUUAGCUGUAAGAGACAGUGUUUUAGUACAUAGUACAAUUUACAUUUUAAUAUCAUUCUUAAUUUUAUAGUCAACUGUUGAUGUACAAAUUAUGCCUGGAGAAUUUGAUCCAACUGAUAGAACAUUGCCGCAACAAGCAUUUCACAAAUGCUUAUUUCCCAAAGUAAGUAUUAUGCUUUUCAGCAGAAUUUUGUUGUUUUAAGCCUUUGUAUUCCAUUCAAUGUUAUUUAUGGUAAAUAAUUUUGUUUCACAUUUUUCCUUUGCGCUAUUAUAUGUUAUCUAAUUAACAUGUCAUCAACUGUCUUCUGUUAUUCUACUUUGUAGGUAAAUGAAGUUUUUUACUUUUACUGUGUUAAUGACUACUUUAUCACUUUUGAUACUAAUCAUUACCUCUUUAGAUUUGAUUCAUAUUUUCUUCAAUUUUUUUUUAAUAGAACCAGUUUCCUUCAAUGGCAGAUCUAGAUAAAUUAUAGCCUUUUCUGAAAUGGCUUGCCUUGAAAUUUUUAUUCAACUUAAUACUUAAAAUUAGAAUUUUUAUCAAGUAUUAUGAACAAAAAUUAAGAAUAGUCGUAAAUAGUUUUAAAAUAUAGAUAUAAUGCUGGGGUAAGGUUUUCCUAAUUAGCAUAGCUGUGGUUUAUUUAUAUCUUAUGUUUUAUACUUUUGCAGAGAGAUGAUAAUAUUAAUAUGAUAUAAAUUAACUUUUAGAUAGUUCUAAAAAAUAACCAUUGAUGUUGUAUUUAGCAGCUAUAGAGUAAGUAUAUUAUCGUCCAUUUUUUGUGUACUUACAUAUAGCUGAAUUUUAUUAAUAUUUGGUUCAUAAAAAAAUAUGUUUAAGCAAUAAAUACGCUAAUAUUAUAAGCUGAUAUUUACUAUCAACAAUUUAUUUAAAUAAAGCGGCUAGUAAAAAAAAAAGGUUUUCCUCUAAUUAUUUGAUACUUCAAGUUUGACAUCAACUAAUGGGUUGUAAUAUUAUAAACUUAUAUAUAAACCUAUAUAUUAUUUUAUAUUUCUUGGUACAAUACUUAAUACCACUAUCCCCAAAACACUUGCUCACUGAGACUGUAACAUAACUAGAAUUUUUCAAGUGGAGAAGGGUCAAAGACUUUAAAAAUUUAAUUCCAGACUAAAUAAAAAAUUUUAGAUUUGAGUGAAGCAAAUAGCUUAUGGUUUUAUAAAGAAAUUUAUUUAUUUUAUAUUUUUUUAUCUGUGGAUAACUUUUUUACCAGAAAUCUUGCUCUGAUUUACAUUAAUAGCACUUUUUCUGAAAGGAAAUAUAUAAGAGGAUCUGUCCUAAUAUAUGUUGACUUCCAAUAUUAGUGGCCUACCAUAGGAAAAAUCCUAACCCUGCCUCUAGUAGGUUUUUCUUUUAUCUACUUAAAAAUUCAAUCCUAAGCAAGUUCACUUUCAAAAUUUCAAUUUUUCAAACGAAUUAUGGAAAUAGAUUUGAUAGGAAAAAAGAGUGAUUCGUAAAUUGUGAAUUUAACCAUCCAUUAAUAUUUUACAAACAGCUUACUCGCAAAUAACACGCAAUUUUUUGAUACCAAUUUCAAAGUUAUAAGGCAAGAUGGGUGGGUGGGUCAAUUUCACGAUCAAAAAGUUAGUGUUUUGGGUAAUGGGUUGAUUCACAAAUUUUGAAAGUAAAUUCGAAAAUCUUUUUUUGUAAAACUUCUUUUGGUAUGUAUUUUGAAAAUUUAGAGCGACGUGGGUAAACUAGGUCCACUCAUUCUUAUUUUAUUUGUAGCUCAUAUAAACGAGUAACUCCCAAAUUAUUGGUGAAGAUUUUGAGUCACUAUGUUAAAGUGGGUGGGCCUACUUCACAGACGUCAAGAUUCUAGUAGGAAAGUUUUUUUCAGACAUUAAAAAAAAAAACACAAUGUAGUAAAACUAAUAGAUCCUUUGUUGUGCUCAGAAUCUAAAUGUAUGAACUGUUGAAAGUAUUUCAAGGUAUUACCAAGCAAAAAUUCUAUAUUUUUUUGGUAAGUUUGAUGGUAAGUAAAGCAUUCAGAUUUUUUUCCAUUUACUGUUUUUUUAGAAAAAGUACCUAUUAGGAGUAUAUAAAUUAUCAUAUAGAAAAAAUCUGCAUCGGUAAAAUACAUCAUGAUAAAAUCAAAGCAUGUUUACUAACCGAAAAAAAAAAACAAUUACAUCUUAGUAAAAUUCAAAAUCUAAAGAUGGAUACAAUUUGCUUUCUACAAAUUAAUAACUAAACAUUAGUAAAAUUAAACAAACUCUAGGAUUUAUUUAAUUUGUUUAUAGGCUUCAGAAUAUUCAGGUUUACAUAGAGUUACAAAUCCAAAUCAGUUUGAAAUUGAAGGUCGACUGAUGAUUGGAUCAUCUGGUCAAAAUAUACAAGAUGUUUUAAGAUUUACAAAUUUAGAAGAUCCCAUUGAAAUAAUGGAUAAAAUAUUGGAUUGGGGGCAUCAAAUACCAUCUGCACCAGAUACAAUUCGUAAGUGUUAUUUUAUAGUUGUAUAUUUAAAGCUCACAAAUGAAUUGAUCGUAUUGUGACUGCAAAUAUCUUGCUAAAAUAAAAAAAAAAAAUUAACUUAUAUUAAAAAAAUGUUUAUAAUUGGUCCAAACUCUAUAUUAUAGUAAUUUACCUGUUUCAAAAUUGUCUUUAUUGUUAUUAUUAUUAUUAUAAUAACUUGUUUAAAAGUCUAACAGCUUUUGUUUUGUUUAGACCAUUCUAAAUUUAAUUGGAUUUUCACAACUACGUCAUUUAUAAGCACUCAUGGCAAAAAUUUAACAUCUAUACUUUUAUAUCAUAGUCCAGUAUUGUAUUUUUUCUUAAAAUACCCAUUUGUUUUAUGAUUUAUUUAUUUUUACAUCAGUUUAGAACUAUAAAUUUAAAAAUUGCUUUCUUUUUCGCCCUCAUCUCAACUUUUUGGAGCCCGCAAACUUCAUUUUAUACUUUCACUUGAUCUAAUCUUCGAACUAAAAUUUUUUAUUUUUGUGUUCAAUUUGAUCAGCAACAUCCAUAAAUUCAUUAAAUUAUUAGAGACCGUCUACACAUACUUUGUAUUUUGUUGUUUAAUUUAUGAACAAAUUGACAUACAUACACAUGCUUACAUUGUAUACACAUUAUAUCAUACCCCUAGAAUAUAAAUAACAAUGCAAAAUGGCAUAAUGACAUUUAUUUUUCUUAGGGGUAUAGAGAACAAUAACCUCUUUUUUUGCAAGCAUAGCUACGAUAUCUAACCAUUUGCGCCAUUUUUAAUUGUAGAUAACUAAUAUAUUAACUAAUAUUCGGCCUAAAUACCUAAGUUACAGAAAAUUAAAUCAAAAACUUUGUUUUGAAUUCAUAUCUUUUUGAUUUUAUGAAUUUAAUAAUACAUUUUGUAUUAAUAAACGUUGCUUAAUGAGGUAUUAUUGGAAAAUAAAAAAUCAUUUAGAGUAUUAAUUCAUAAUUUAUUUUUAUUAGCGUGUUAUCCAUUUGAAGGCCAAGAUCCAUUUAUAAUAAAAGAAAUGCCAGAUGUUUUUUUUGUAUCAAAUCAACAGUCAUUUAAAACAUCGUUAAAGACAAAUGUCAAUGGUAAUAUUUGUGUUUUAAUUAUAAUACUAGAAAAAAUGUAAUAAUUAUCAUAUUCCUUAAUUAAAAACAUUUUAUUUUUAGGUAACCCUACAAGACUAAUAAGCGUGCCGUCUUUCUCAUCAACACAAACAUGUGUUUUAAUGAACCUCAAUACAUUAGAAUGUCAUCCAGUUUCAUUUAAGACAUUUGAUCCUUAGCAUCAAACUGUAUUAUUGAAUUUAAUUUAAAAAAAACAAAAUAAUUAUUAUAUUACGCAUAAAUAAAUACAUUAUAAUUUACUACUUUUUGUAUUUAAAGCAAGAUUUAUUUCUUCAACAGUCAAAAUAUUUAAUGAAGAAAGUGCCGCUAAAAGUUGGUCCCGUGAACAACCGAUGAAUUUGUGCUCCAAAAAUGCUGGAAAUCCGCGGUAAUUGUCACCCAAUGUAUACAAAGGGACCCUAACUGUACCAAGCACCUAUUUAAAUUGUAUAAAAAAAGUUUUUAAUUCAAUAUAUAUAAUAUGAUAUAGGUAGUAAAUAUAAUUACUUCACUUCCAUAAUCUCGUGCAAGUAAAGCACGUUUUUCAAUUUCAAUUAGUUGAGGCAUAGUAACUUUUAAUUUAUAGAAAUGUAAAGCUAUCUUUUUUUUUUCACUCCAAUGUGAUAUAACGUAGUCAUCAUAACUGACUAAAUGUAUACAAGUAUUUAAGUUCAUUUCUUCAGACAUUUCUCUAUUAACAGCAUUUAUAAUAUCUUCACCAGAAUCAAUUAAUCCACCAGGAAAUCCCAAAUAACCAUCAUAUCUUAAUUGCAUCU